AUGCGAAAACCAGUCAUGGAUACAUUAGUUAGUAUUGAGUAUCCUGAACAAGACCAACAAUCAGCUCUGCCCGUAUUGCCACGUUCAUGGUCACUCGAUGAACAAAUUGUAUUGAAUCAGACGGAUGCCAUUUAUUCCGUCGUCGAUCAGGCCGAUUCCAAUAGAAGAGCACAAUUGAAAAUUUACUCCCUAAUAUCUGAUAGAUCGUCACAAUUACGUGUUGAACGGCAUCAAUUGGCUCUUCAACGACUGGCAGAAGUAAAAAGUAUACCAAAAUUGAUCGACUGUAAUUUUGAGAAAUCAACGAUUAAUCCGAAUUCAUGGACAAAACUAUGGCUGAUGACUGAAAAACCUGAAGGAACAAGACUGGAUAAUUAUCUACGGGAUAACUUGCUCACCUUUAAAGAAAAGGUGAUGAUAAUCUUGGAAUUGAUCGAUUUGGUUAAAGAAAUUCAUCAUUGUGGUGUCGUUCACCGAAAUCUCACACCUUCAAAGAUCUAUCUUCAUCCUUUAAUAUCCGCCGAUGAUGAAAAAGAAUUCGGCCUACAACUAAUUGAUUUCGAUUUUGCUCAUCUUCUCCGGAACGACGAGGUUCAGAAAACCAACGACACAAAUCUCCUUCAAAUCAAUAAUGCAGUAACACAUACUUUUUAUCUUCCAGUUCAAUUUGAAACUCAACCAUUGAAUAACAAUGAUAUCGACAAGGAGAAAGAGCCAGGACAAUCAGAACGUCAGAGUCCAGUUAUUGAUACCAGCUGCAUCUGUGCUAUUCUCUUUUGGAUGAUUACUUUCCAUGAACCAAAAGUAGCACGAGAUGCAACAGGAAAAGCCCCGCAUCGUAUGUCUCAAAACAGUCAAUUGAUUAAAGAUGCACUGAAGCUCGCGACAAAUAGUUGUUCGUGGAAGAUUCAUUCAAUGGAGAAUCAUCUUCAACUGAUCUUUGAUCAAGCUUUUGGCAACCCACAACAGCAAUGGUCUAUUGAUGCAUUGAAAUAUCAAAUACGAUUUCUCGCAGAAGUCCUGAACAGUAUGAAGGAACAAAAUAUAACCAUUAAGAGCAGAUCAAUACACGAGCUGAAUGAACCGUUCCUUCGUGUGGCAUCAUUGAUCUCUCGAAUGAAAGAAGAAUUUGUUAGUUAUUAUUCUCGUUUUGCUCGAGUUCAUUGGUCAAGCAAUGAAAAUAAUCGAUGGUCCGGUCAUUCACGAGUAGUUCAGAAUUAUGAUCUAUUAAGCAUUGAUAAUAAUCAACUUGAAAUGAAAUUUGAAGCGAAUCGAUCAGAAAAAGAAGAUCAACUUCAAAUAUCUGCCCAUAUCAAAAUAAACGAAUCAACCAUUGUCGAAUUGCCUAUCGGUCGUUGGCAAGAGAAUGAAAUCGAAACAAUCGUUGAAAUAUUUAUCAGAGAAUUGAGUAGCUUUUAUCAUUUACUUUUAGAAUAA